UCCGAAAGAGUGCGGACGCAGUGCAUCAUGAAGACGUUGGCGGAAAGCAGGCGGCGCCACAGUGGCUCCUCGGCGCGCAAACAGGAUUCCGAAUCGGAUGACGAUGAGAAUUCCAUCUGCAGCAGGGCGGCCAUUAAGAGGAGUGUGGUUUACUACCUGAAGAACAGCACUCUCCAUGGACUAAAGUACUUUGCCGAGGAGAAAAUUACCCUUCCGGAACGAAUAUUUUUCGGCCUCGCCUUCGUGCUGGUGGUGAUCCUUUCCGGUUUCUUUAUAUCCAACGUGUACAUGAAGUGGAGUGCCUCGCCCAUAAUCAUUUCGACCAGUGCCAAGCAAAAGUUGACCAGCAACAUGCCCUUUCCGGCGAUCACGAUAUGCAAUCUCAACCAGGCGCUGCUCAGUAAGGUGGAUCGCAUUGGCCGUUCCAGCUCGAAUUUCUCGCUGCUGAUGGGUCUGUGCGACCAGGGCGGGGACACGACCAUCUCGUACAUCGGUACCUGGAAGUACUUCAAGGCUAUCCUGGUGGACGUGGCCCAGCCGUGCGAGAAAAUGCUCCUGUACUGCAGCUUUGGAUCGCGGGAGGAGGACUGCUCCUGGCUCUUCACCUCCAUACUGACGGACGAUGGGCUGUGCUGCAAUUUCAAUGCACUGCAUCCGUCGUAUCUUAUUCGGAAUUAUAGUGACGAUGUGCGGUUGGAGACGACGCAUCCAAAUACCCGCUAUGAGCCCAUCGACUGGACACCAGAGAAGGGUUAUGCUCGCAACCUACCGGAGUUCUACUUUCCGCGCACCUCGGGUGGCACGGGAAUCCGCAUGGGUCUCACCGUUGUGCUGAACGCCUCCAUAGCGGAGUACUACUGCACCAAGUCCAUGAGUGUGGGUUUCAAGGUCCUCGUUCACAAUCCCGCCGAACUGCCGAAAGUGAGCAACUAUGGCUUCGUUGUGACCGCGGGACGCGAGGCACGAAUACCCAUCGAACCAGUCUAUGAGGAUGCCCUGCCCUCGAUCCGGUCCAUCAAGAAAUCGGUGCGCCGCUGCCUCUUCUCCGAUGAGAAUGAUUUGGCCUACUACCGCACAUAUUCGCGCAAGAACUGCGAGCUGGAAUGCGAGGCGAAGUUGUUGCUCCGCGAGUGCAGUUGUGUGCAGUACUACCUGCCCCGGAUCGAUCCGAUGGCCAGGGUGUGUGGCCCCAACGAUAAUCAGUGCACGGAUCGGGUGCAAACCGAGAUUGAGUCCUCCCUGACGAAUCUAUCCUGCGAGAGCUGCUGGCCGGGAUGCUUUGAGCUCACCUACAAGGCCACACUUUCGACGGCCUCGAUCGUUUCGGACCCACGAUUUCAGGCCGGCGAGAAUCUGCCCGACUAUAUCUUUCACGGACCAUAUAGCAACGCCAGCGAGAUAUCCAUCCUGCACUUCUACUACAUGACCAACAUUUUUCGCAGCACCACCAAGUCCGAGAUGUUUGGCUUCACCGAAUUCUUGUCCAAUACGGGCGGUCUCUUGGGACUUUUCAUGGGCUUCAGCAUUUUCUCGGUGAUCGAGAUCUUCUUCUACAUCACUGUCCGGCCAUACUGCGCCUCCCGCACCCUCCGGCAGCGCCACAAACGCCGCCUGGAGCAGCUGCGCUGGCUGACUCCGGUCCGGAUGCCCGUCCGUAGAGCUCUGCGCCGCAACCGAGGGGCUCUGCUCCGGAAUGCCCCGCCGCCGGCCUACAAUGACCUGCAGCAGAGCCGCGGGAAGCUGGACAAGCCGGAGCCGUGCAAGAGGAAACUUUGGCGGACGCUGCAGGUGCGGCCAGUGGAUCGGGUGGACGAGGAACUCCCCACCUAUUCCUACUUGGACUAAGUUUAUGGGUUGAAGCUGUAUACACAGGAAAAAAAGCACGCUUUCACUGCAUCGAAAACCGAAAAAUUAAC